UGGGAUACCCUUUACUCUAACCUUUUGUUGUUGUUUUAAUUUAUUUAUUUAUUUAAUUACUACUUAACGCAGGUUAUUUUUUUCCAUGAACGUAUCCACUGGUUGUCUCGCGUCACAUGGCAGCAGGGGGCAGCUCUUCACACCCGCAAACUGCACCACAAUUGACGGAUUGAAAACACCCUGACAUCCUGCUGAGCUCCGGUGCGUCUCCUCCGGGCUGUCACCGUCACUGUGUCCCCUACGUGGAACCGGACAGCUGGAGCAUGCAGACAUGCGGGUCUUCCUCUGAAGCACAGGCAGAUAUGCUGUCAGUAGGCUGGCAGUGGCCGCCAUGUGGAGGCCACCUAAAGGACAACAGAAUCCAGAUAAAUUAGAUUAUUGGAUUGACUGCAACAGAUUAUAGCUCUCCUGCUUCCUCGAUGCUUCAUAAGAAAACCACAUCAAUUUGACUAUAUUUCACGCGGGGUUUUCAGGAAUAUAAAGCCUGGCAGCCAUGCUGACCAGCUUUAUAGAAGGCCUUCUCUGCUGCCUGACCUCAAAGUCUGCCAACGUUGUGGUUCCCGUAGAAACCUCCGAACCUGCCGAUGGCUACGAGUUUGUGGAGGUGAAACCAGGCCGCGUCCUGCGGGUUCGACAUAUCAUUCCUGACCGGGCGGUAGUGGAGGAACCCACCGGGCAAGGUGGGAGCGUCAGCUGCAAACGAAAGAUCACAGUAUAUCGUAAUGGACAGUUAUUCAUUGAGAACCUGGGCGACAGGGCGAGUGCAGAGCUGAAAAACUGUCCGAAUGGAGAGACAGAACCUAACAGCACUGUAGAGGUUGAACUUACAGACUGUGGUAACUCCUCACCGCCCGUCAGCAUCCCUGAGGGCAGGUCAGACUCCAUCACGGCUGGAAACAAUGGAGCAACUCAAACAGGAGCAGGGGGAGAGGCACCUGCUGCUGGACAAACUGACCAGUCCCAGCAACCCAGGAAGCGCAGGCGGAAGCCCAAGCGUACGGUGGUGAUCGACUGUGAGAGGAAGAUAUCAUCCUGUAAAGGGACGCACACAGAUGUGGCUCUGUUCUUCAUCCAUGGAGUGGGAGGCUCACUGGACAUCUGGGGGAGCCAGUUGGACUUCUUUUCUCGGCUGGGCUACGAGGUGAUCGCCCCGGACCUGGCAGGUCACGGAGCCAGCUCAGCACCACAGAUAGCCGCAGCGUACACUUUCUAUGCCCUGGCUGAGGAUAUGAGACUAAUCUUCAAGAGAUAUGCACGCAAGAGGAAUAUUCUCAUAGGACAUUCUUAUGGUGUGUCGUUCUGCACGUUCCUGGCACAUGAGUAUCCAGAGCAGAUCCACAAGAUGGUGAUGAUCAACGGAGGUGGUCCCACAGCUUUGGAGCCCAGCCUCUGCUCCAUCUUCAACCUGCCCACCUGUGUGCUUCACUGCCUCUCCCCGCUGCUGGCCUGGAGCUUUCUCAAGGCUGGAUUUGCUCGGCAGGGUGCCAAGGAGAAGCAGCUGCUGAAAGAGAACAAUGCCUUCAACGUGUCGUCCUUUGUGCUGCGCGCCAUGAUGAGCGGGCAGUACUGGCCCGAGGGGGACGAGGUCUACCAUGCUGAGCUCACAGUGCCCAUCCUGCUGGUUCAUGGCAUGCACGACAAGUUUGUUCCUGUUGAAGAAGACCAGCGCAUGGCAGAGAUCCUCCUAUUGGCCUUCCUGAAGCUGCUGGAGGACGGCAGUCACAUGGUCAUGAUGGAGUGUCCCGAGGCUGUCAACACACUCUUGCAUGAGUUUAUCCUCUGGGAGCCAGCCGCCCCUCCACCGCCAAAGAAAGAGUCCAAAGCACGACCAGAGACUGCCAAAGCCCAAUCUGACGACACCAAGGCAUCGUCUGAGCCCGGAAAGGUCCGACCUGCAACUGCCAGGCAAACCUCAUCAAACGGUGGUGCGGAGGAAAAGCCAGACAGCAAGGCCAAAAAAUGACUGAAGAUUAAAGCUGACUGAGAUUAAAGCUGAAACUUCCAGUGGUUCUUACACUAAAUCAUGGCUGGCUGUGCAUUUUGUAUCACCUGGGGAACUGAGCUGGUUGGAGCUGUUGAGCCUGAUGAUGAAAGGCGCCAGUUUAUCUGAAAUGGUCCAGCUAAAGGUUGGACUUAAUGGAAGUGCGACACUACAGGGAGCUCAAAUCUGAUUCCAGUUAUGUCAGCUACAAAGCUGAAGGACAGAGGAAAAGGAGCUCCAAUAAUGUAAUGAGACAAAGAUGGUCCAUUCGUCAGUGCACGGCUCCCUGUCCCACAUACAGCAGGGAACAUAUGGUUGUGCCUUGAAGUGAUGUGUGGUGAUGAUGUUAGGGUGGGCGGAGCAAGAGACGGGGUUUGGUAAUAUACAGCCAGGAGGGCGAGGGGGGAAAAAAAAAUAGUUGUCAAAGCGGCAAACGUGGUUGAAUUUGACGUCUGAGGAGAAAGUCAAGACGCGUCUGCUGCUACACAGACCGGUACAUUUUUUUAAAAGGAUGACACUUGAAUGCCUGGUCUGACAUCUGCCAUUCCCAAAACUUGGAAAAGCAAAUGAAAAAAAAAACCAACUGGUUGGUGUGACACAUGCUUUAGGUUGACUGCCUGUUUCGCUGCUCUGUGUAAAGCAACAGCAGAACCUAAACUUUAUCAAAACUAGCAGGAUGGUUAAUAAGCCUCAUGUAUUCGUCUCCUUGAGGUUCAAUAUCAAAACCAAGUGACACACUUAGCUGGCUGUGAAAUGUUGAUGUGUGUGUGUGUGUGUGUGUGUGUGUGUGUGUGUGUCAGGGGAUGUUUCUCAGCUAGCUUUUCCAUUGCACAUAAUGAUAAAUUGCACACCUCACCUUUUUAGGGAUGAGUUUUAAAAUGACAAAAUGAAAUUGUCAUGUUACAGAAAAUAGCAUUGAAAACUAAUGCAGACAUUUAUUGAUUAUUUUAUUUUAUCUUUAAAUUCUUCAACACCUGUUAGAAGUGAGCCAGGAGCAUUAGAAGCUUACAAGAUGUAAGUAGCCUUACAUCCGACUCAUUGGAGGGAUUUACGUAGCUGCCACUAGUAACAGAGCAAACAGGAACGGGUGUUUUUUUUUGUUUUGUUUUUGUGGGUGAUCACGUUGUGACUUGUCAAGCUGAAAAAGUAAAGAAUGAUCAGGCAUUGAUGAGGACGGAAGUGAAAGUAAAUGUGCUACUUCCUAGAAUUCAGGGAAAUGUGUGUUCAGUGAAGUGUAGCCCUGCUAAAUUUAGCAGUAGUUGAGGCUCAGCAAUGAAUCAUAACUUUAUUAAACAGAAUGAGCCAAAGAUUUUGCACAAAUCAAAUGUACAUAGUGAUGUUAAGUGCAUAAGAAGAAGGUUUGUAUUGCGAUGCAUCAGGAAUGUGCGAACGCAGGAUUUAAAAGUCCACAUGAACUGCACCCAAGCUGACACUACAAAGUUUACUCAAAAACAUUCACUAUUUUUUUAAUCUAGCCAUGUGCUUUAAUAUUUUUGAUAAUUAAAAUCCCCACUACAACAAGAAGUCACUGACACCUAUUAACUUUGCAGUGUUAGAGAGAACUUGUUUUAAUGGUUCCUAUAGCUCCCACAGAGAAUAUCAUGUAUGCAGCAAUAUACCAUAAUUAUAUGAUAAACCCGGGACACAGUCCGUCUAAAGAUUUGCCCUCAUAAUAAAUUUUUGAUUUGUAUGUGAAUGAUGAACUUCACUAAACUGCAAUGAUCUUUUUUACCUUGAGAAGUAGUAAGUGUAGUAAAUAUAUUAGUCUAUGAGUAUGAAAACUGUAUUUUGUUACAUCUACAGUAUUGUUGAGUCCAGCGUUUGCACAUGAGAGGCCAAGAGUUAGGCUGAGGAGAAGUGUUCCCAUGCAGUACAUUGACUGCAUCAGUGUAUCAUAACGCUCUGUAUCUAUUUACAGUUUAUUAUGAACAUCUGUGACUGUUUUUUCGACCACUGCAAAAGCGCGUGUAUGUCUUUAGAUGAGCUGACAUGCUCUCAGUACUUCAGUGGUUCAGGUAUUUGUAACAUUUACAAAACUUCUCUGAGCCUCCAACAUAGAAAACUCAGAAGAUGUGGAUGAAGCACAGAUUUCAUUGUCUUCUCUCAGUUCAUUGUAUUUGAUGUUUGUUUUUUUUUUAUACAUAGAAUGUACUUUUUAUACAUUGUACUUUGAUUUGUGAUGGAUAUUUAGAUUGACAAGAAACUGUAGCAGGGAAUUCACUGAGCUCUGACCAGAGAAAUGCAACAGGCUGUUCGCUUGUGACUUUCCUGAACUGAAGAAAACUGUCCAUUUUAUAUCGUGUGUGUCUUAAAUUUUGUAACUGUUUGCCUUUGACAAUGAUUACAUAAAAGAACUGCUGAUUUAGAAAUGUUCAAUUUAUCAGAGUAAAUUAUUAUAUGUUGUGAAUUUUCAAUAGUUUUGCUGUGUGUGUGUGUUUUUUUUAUACCUUCUUCUAGUGACUGUUCUUAGGGGGUUUGCUGAAUGUGAACCCUCUUUUUCAGAAACAGCCUUCUUGACACAGGGAGUAGUAAGUUAUUCACUAAGUCCCCCCAGAUAUUUCUUGGUGAAUGCGUCAGACAGGAAACUCUUUGUUCUCUCCUUUAUAAACUUUAGGUUACAGUUGUCCCACAUGUCAUGUCUUCUGAUGAGCACAGAUGUGAAUUGAGAGUAAGAUGUUGCUGAUGAUUAAGA